CUUCGAAACCUUUUCUGCUACCAACUUCGCACGCUCUUUUAUUCCAGCAAAACCUUUUUCUUUUUCCUUUUUUUCUUUUUGUUCUCAAAUUUCAGUUCAGUGAAUGGAGAGACAACGCUCAGAUAAUGGAAGAAGAAAUAGACAGCCAAAAGCCAAAGAUUCUUCGCAAUGCAGAAUCCAGCGCGCUUCAUCCCUGCCCCCGAUUGCAAGAGCUCCACCUCCUCCAGCCAACGAGCUGAAGCUUGCAGCGAUAGCUAUUAAUUUGAACGUUCGGCUGAGAUCCGCUGACAUGGCUAUGACAAUGCAAGAGCGAGCUAUCAGGCGAGCCAGAGCUCUCGUAGACGCCAACCAAGAUAAAAACAAACGACCCAAUCCUACGCAGCUCGCAAUGUGCCUUAAGAAGGAAUUUGAUGCAUUGUAUGGACCAGCAUGGCAUUGCAUUGUGGGGAAGAGCUUUGGGUCGUUUGUGACACACGCGAGUGGAGGGUUCUUGUAUUUCUCUGUGGACAAGCUCUGUUUUCUUCUCUUCAAGACGGAGGUCCAACCGGUUGUUAAACCUCCUACAUUGCCUAGAUUAAAAAUUAAUAAUGCCUAAUGUUUUCGGUAGAGAAUGAAUGGGAUCUUUGAUUUCAUCGUAAAUGGAGGAUGGCUUUGCUCUAUAAUGGCGUUCUUCCCCAGCUCCUCAAGUAUAUUGUGGAGUGAAAAUGCUGUCUGUGUCAUUCAGCAUUUUCUUAGAAAGGCUAAAGAUGAAACUUGGUGAAAGUUUUCAGCGCAUUUGGCGUGAUUUUAUGUAAGGAUUCUUUUACAUUCCUGUUCAUCUUUUCAGUUUAUGCAAAGCUAUCUUAGGCUUCAAUACACUAAAAUUUGGAUA